UCAUGUCUAAAAGAAAAAAAUAUCUUCUUCCUCCUCCACUCCCAGAACGACACGCUCUCUUCCUCGUUACUCUUUAGGGCUUCGCCUUUCCCAAGCGCAUCAAAGAUGGUUACUCACAAAUCAAAAACCAAAGAAACAGUACCGUGUGAUUUCUGCAGUGAACAAGCAGCAGUUCUCUACUGCCGAGCUGACUCCGCUAAACUUUGUUUAUUCUGCGACCAACAUGUCCACUCCGCAAACCUCCUCUCGCGAAAGCAUGUCCGCUCGCAGAUCUGCGACAACUGCAGCUCGGAGCCGGUUUCUUUCCGCUGCUCAACUGACAAUUUGGUACUUUGUCAAGAGUGCGAUUGGGACGCUCACGGUAGUUGUUCCGUGUCUGCUUCACACGAUCGUACUACUGUUGAAGGGUUUUCUGGUUGUCCCUCCGCCCUUGAUUUGGCUUCCAUCUGGGGUUUUGAUUUGGAAGAGAAGAAACCGGAGCCGUUGAUUGAAAAUUGGAGUAAUAAUAGUUGUGGGGCCAUUCAUGAUUUGGUAAAUGAGCCUUGGGUUUAUGAUAAAUCCAGUGGUAAUUUGACUUUUCAAGACUUGAUGGUGCCUAAUGAAAACAAUAAUAAUGGUAAUAGGAAUAUUGACAAUGUUAUGGUUUUUGGAAAUGUGACCAAGAGCCCAAGUUGUGGGAAAUAUAAGCAUGUGAUAUAUAAGCAGUUGUUUGAGUUGUUUAAGAGGGAUUUGAUGGGUGAUGGUGUUGAGAGCGAGGGUUGUGGUUUUGGUGAUGGCGAGGGUUGUGGUUUUGGCGGUGGUGAUGGUGGAGGAGAGACUUUGGUGACGCAGAGUAGAAGCGGAUGGCGGAGUGGUGUGAAGGGAGUGCAAUUUGGGAACCGGAAUGAUGGGGGUUUUGGGGAUGAUAAUGCUAUUGUUUGUGGUGAUAAUGGUAGUGGUGGUAAUGUUAGAGGUGAACAAUUGCUGCAGGAACAAAGGCCGUUUACUUCUUUGCUUAUGCUGCCGACGGAGGUGGAUGUCAAGUCUAAUGGGAGAGUUGUUGGUGGGGAUAUAACGUGGGAUAGCAAUGCCAAAGCUCAUGACACUCAGGUAUGGGACUUUCAUUUAGGGCAACUGAGGAAUCAUGAUGAAUCUGGCCAGUUAGAAAUUGAAUAUGUUGCAAAUGAUGCAGGAUUUGUGAUCAAGGAUUUUGGUGAACUAAUGAAAGAAACAUCGUCAACUAGCCCAAAAAUGUUGGGAGACAUGUACCAGAUGAAUUGUACCACUGCGCAUGAUGAUAUGACGUCAUUUAAUAACAACUUAAACAACCCAUCAUCCAGCCAGGGCCCAGCAACAUCUGAAAGUAACAACCUUCCUAUAGUACGAUCGGGUUUUAGUAAACCAGGAUGUUCAAGUAGUUCUAAUGAUGUCCAGUUCAUGGAACAGUCUAUUCUCAUAAGAGGUGAAGGCUUGAAAAUGGAAGCAGCAACCAAGGUUGGCAUGGAGCUGCUGGCCAGGAAUCGAGGCGAUGCCAUGCAGCGAUACAAGGAGAAGAAAAAAACCAGAAGAUAUGAUAAGCACAUACGCUAUGAAUCAAGAAAGGCGAGAGCUGAUACUAGGAAGCGAGUGAAAGGUCGAUUUGUGAAGACAACUGAAGCUCCUGACAGUUGAAUUCAUGCCUAGUUAGAUUUCCUUGAUCUCAUUGUAAAUAUUCUUUAAAUUUGUCUCACAGUGAAUGUACAAUUCUCAGUAUCUUUUUUGCGCUCCUGUGCAUUGUUCUUGAUCA